GUCCACCUGGUUGGCGUUCUCUUUUUGACUGACUAUGCGAACCGGAAAGGGCUUCUGGUGCUUUGCGCCAUCUUCGGGCUGCAUGCAGGCUUCGCCUUGAGCGAGACCUGUCUUUGGAUGCUCCAUUUGGAUGGUGAAGACUCCGUGGGGCCGUGGUCUAUUUUGGUCUUCUUUUCGUGCAUCUUGUACUUUCAUUCCUUCUGGAUGGAAGCCACCGUGCUCCCACCAGACUACAUCACCAGUCUCUCGCUGUUUUUCCCCAUGUUCCCCGCGUUCAAUGCAGCAGGCGUAUUUAGCUGUUUGGAGCUUUUCCUUGAGUGGAGGUGGUUUCCAGAUUACAAGAUUUGGAGAGCCUUCGCUGUGCUGGGUGCCGCCCUUUGUGUUUGUGGCCAGUGGCUGAUCGCCUCAGCGAGUCACAUUGGCCAACGGAACUACUGGGCCAGCUGCCGAGAUAUGCCUGAAGAGGAGGAUUGGUCCGACGAGUUCGUCGGCCUGGAGAUUCCGGACCGACGCAUCGUCCAGGAGGGGGUCUACCGCUGCGAGCGGCAUCCAGCCUAUUUAGGCGCCAUGCUUUGGGGCCUGGGAAUCCAGAUCGCCUUGUGCAACCCGGUGAUGUUGGUGCUCGUGAGCUUUGUUCUUUGGGCCUCCCUGCUCCACAUCUCCUUGGAGGAGGAGCGUGAGCUCUAUGAUGAGUUCAAGGGUGGUUAUGCCAACUAUGCGGCUUUGACGAGCUGUUGGAUCCCGCUCUUCAACUCGUUCUUAGAAGACUCUGCCUUCCAACGGGAGAUGCAGGACAACUGUGAAGAAGAGAAUGAGAACUUGCAGGAGGAAACGGAGGAGGAAGAGAUGGAAGAUGACUUGCACAGCGAGGACGACUUGCUGCCGACCUGGGAGGGCGUGCCGAAAGGUGGCUCUCUUUGGAACCGGCAGUUCCGGGAGCCCUGGAUGCUAGGCUGA